AUGGCCUCUCUAUUAGGUGCUGGAUAUGAAUCCAGCGAUGAUGACUCCAAUGCCCCUAAGACACAACUUCCCGCGACCAAGGUUGUCGCUGCGCCGGAAGAUCAAGCGCAUAUGCAGAUGAUGCUCGCCAACACCUCUUCUGGUGCCCUCACCUACAACGCCACAUACGAUGAUCUCUCCCGUCCGACACAAGGCCCCGCAAACCCUUUCAAGCCCGACGGUCCUGCCAACGGGCUCAAACGCAAAAACGUACCCACGGGCUACGCCGAAGAAGCCGCCAUCAGUGAAGCCACCUUCGCCGCGCAGCACCGCACGUUCCAGAGUCUCGGAUACACUCGCAACCCGACCCUCCCGGGCCAGUUCGUUGGUAACCUCGAGAAUGCGGCGCAGUUCGGCGGUCGCGACAUCGUGCAGAUGAAGCCCUCCAAGGAGGUCUCCGCCGCGCUGCGGGCCAAGCGACAAAAGAAGGGCGACCCCAGCAUUGUCGAAGGGGCGGGCGCAUACCUCGGCCCAUGGGCAAAGUACCAGGAUGACGACCGUCUGUACGAGCAGGAAGCUGCCGACGAAGACCACGAGCUCGCCAGCGACGAGGAGUACGUUGAGGAAGAAGAGGAGGAAUCAGCGGCAGCACACAUGCCCGCGAUGAGCAAGCAAGCCACCGACUACCAGGACGAUGCGUCGCAGACGGAGACGACCGAGUUCCACGGCUCCGAGCAGUUCGACUACAUGGGUCGCACGUACAUGCACGUCCCGCAGGACCUCGACGUCGACCUCAAGAAAGAAGUCGGCAGCAUCAAGAACUUCAUUCCCAAGAAACUCAUCCACACUUGGAAAUCCCACACCAAGCCCAUCACCGCGCUGCGCUUCUUCCCUUCCUCCGGUCACCUGCUGUUGUCUGCUGCGGCCGACGGCAAGGCCAAGAUCUGGGACGUCUACCACUCGCGCGAGCUGCUGCGCACCUUCUCCGGCCAUUCCAAGGCCAUCACCGACGCCGACUUUCACCCUUCCGGCACCACCUUCCUCACGGCCUCGUACGACCGCCAGAUCAAGCUGUGGGACACCGAGUACGGAAAGUGUCUGGGCCGGUUCUCGACUGGCAAGACGCCGCACGUCGUGCGGUUCAACCCCAACCCGGAGCUCUCGCACGAGUUCCUGGCCGGUAUGUCGGACAAGAAGAUUGUGCAGUUCGACACGCGGUCCGGCGAGCUGGUGCAGGAAUACGACCACCAUCUUGCCGCCAUCAACACCAUCACCUUCGUCGACGAAAACCGCCGCUUCAUCUCCACCUCCGACGACAAGUCCCUCCGCGCCUGGGAGUACGGCAUCCCCGUGCCGAUCAAGUUCAUCGCCGAGCCCUACAUGUUCGCGCUUACCCGCGCCGCGCCCCAUCCCAACGGCAAAUACGUCGCCUUCCAGUCCGGCGAUAACCAGAUUGUCGUGUACGGCGCGACGGAUAAGUUCCGCCAGAACCGCAAGAAGAGCUUCCGUGGCCACAACAACGCCGGCUACGCGAUUGAUAUCAAGAUCUCCCCCGACGGCCAGUUCAUCUGCUCCGGUGAUUCGGGUGGUUAUGUCUGUUUCUGGGACUGGAAGACCGGCAAGAUGUACCACAAGAUUCAGGCGGGCGGCAAGGAAGGCGGUGCGACAACGUGUCUUGAUUGGCAUCCGCAGGAGACGAGUAAGGUGGUGACGGGUGGGUUGGAUGGAACUAUUAAGUAUUGGGACUAG